CAGGUACGAGUCUCUGGACAGUUUAAACAGAAGGAGCAAUCGUCUUCAGUUCACUGACUUAAGUCCUAUGCAGAUGUGUUUCUGGCCAAACAUCGAUUAUUAAUCUAGUUUGAGCCGUCAGGAUGAGAAACGUCUCAGUGAUCCUCCUCUUCUUUUUCACAGCUGUUUCUUCAAUAUCAGACCUAUUUUAUCCACACGGCACGAAAGGAAACACUUCAAAUCCUGGCGCUGAUGAUGUCAGCUCUGAUGCUAUUACGUUGCAGAGUCCAUUCUCUUUCUUUGGAAACACAUACUCUCAGAUAUAUGUCAACAACAAUGGAGACCUAAAAUUUAAUCAGAAUCAGUCUGUUGCUGAUGGUGGUAAGACUUUCAUUGCUCCAUUCUGGACUUGCUUGGAUAACAGUGUAGAAGGUGUAAUCUCAUAUAGUCAGUACUCUGAGGGCAGUGUACUCUCACGGGCUACACAGGACAUAAACCAGUACUUUCCAGAAGUUAACUUCACUGCCUCUUGGGUUUUUGUUGCAACAUGGGAUGGAGUGCCAUACUGCGAACACCCAGGCAAGGUAAGAUGUAAAAUGCUUGGCUUUUUGGUGGGGGGUAAGGAAGAAGACAAGGGGAAACAAGAAGGAAAAUAAACUUGAGUCAUACCUAAAAAUGUAAGUUCAUUGUGUUGGGAAUGAAAAGUCAAACCAAAAGGAAUUUCUUUUUCAACAGACAAUUACAAGACCAUUUUCUUUGAAGAGGUGGCUGGUCUGGUUCAGAGUGUUUCUUUGCAUACCACCAAUGAAUGCAACACAGAGUAAACAUAAAUACAUGAAUGAAUAAAUAAAUCUGUAGACUACACCUGGCUUAACACCUUUUUGUACUUCAUUUCUGAAUUAUACUGUUAUUUCUCUUCAAUCCUCCAUACUUCUUCUCUGCAUUUUAUCAUUCGCUUACUUAAAAAC